GAUCCCAGCACAUAUUGUUAUUAACAUUCGAGAUAAGUGCCAAGAAUAACUUGAGUGAGAUAAACUUCAGAUGUUCAUUCUCACACUUCCCCACUCCGCGACUCUGUCAAUGAUUCACUCUCGACCGUAUAAGAGCUUCAAGACUCCCGCUUUUCCUGCUGUUGUCGUCGUCAUGGCGCGUCUCUUCGAGGUUCUGGCUGCGCUUCUGGCGCUGGUGUCGACUGGGUUGUGUGAGGAGAAGACGUUCCUGCAGAGAGCGGGAACCUCCUUCAACAACCGCGAGUACAGGUCCAUGCUGAGUGUCAGCAACGGAGAGCAGUUCGGGGGCUGGACCUGGCCGGAAAUGUGUCCCGCCAACUUCUUCGCUGUUGGAUUCAGCGUCAGGGUGGAGGGGAACCAGUACGGCAUCGACGACACCGCCCUGAACGGAGUCCGACUCAUCUGCGCCGAAGACGAGUCCAGAACUCACCUGUACACCAUCGAGUCCCACACGGGCUACUUCGGCGAGUGGUCCCACCCUCAGUACUGCCCCAGCGGAGUCCUCACCUCCUUCCAGCUCCGCGUGGAGCCGCACCAGGGCCUGUUCGGCGACGACACGGCCGUCAACAACAUCAAGUUCCGCUGCAGCAGCAACCCCACGCUGGAGGCUCCCGGCAUGCAGUGGGGCGAGUACGGCUUCUGGAGCCAGGACUGCACGGGCGGAGGGAUCUGCGGCAUCGAGACCAAGAUGGAGGAGUAUCAGUACGGUCUGGACGACUCCACGCUCAACGACGUCCGCUUCCACUGCUGCGACAUGUCGCCCCAGUGAUGGGAGCGGAGCAGCUUCAGCUGGACCAGAACACAGACAAUAAAAUGUUCAACCACAACUCCAGUGUAGUGACU